AAAGAAUGGAGAAGAAAGACAAGGAAUCCGGUGGCAGCACGAACAACAGUGGCGACGAAGGCGCUAAAAAGAGGGAGAGAAAUAGCCCUCCGCAGUCAGCACAACAAGGCCAGGGGACUGCGACUGCAAGCCUACCCGCCUCGGCCAGCGGGGCAGAACCGAAGACAACCAUGGCAUCCCACGCCAGCGGUCAUGGGAGUGGGAAGUCAUCCAGUUCUCAAGCUUCGGGCUCUGGAAAGCAUCGUCCAACACCAGUUUACAGCAUCAUGCCAGUUUCAAGCUAUGGAUCAAGUCACAAAGGCCAUGCUUCCAAUGGAAGUGAUGAACCUCUCCGAAGAACAAGCAGGAGGAAAAGACCACGGGUUGAGUAUCGGGAAAUGGAUGAAAAAUUGGCGAAUCUUUCUGAGGAUGAAUACUUCUCAGAAGAAGAGAGACAAUCCAAGAGAACGGCCAAAAACCCAGAAGAAGAGGAACCGGAAGAAGAGCUGUCUGAACCAAAAGGUCUUGAGGGUGCUGCUUUCUCUGCCCGUCUACCCCAUGAUAAGAUGACAUCCCAAGAGGCUGCCUGCUUUCCUGAUAUCAUACACAGUCCCAUGCAAACCCAGAAACUAUUCUUAUACAUCAGGAACAGGAUUCUUCAACUUUGGCUUGAGAACCCUAAAGUACAGCUGACCUGUGAAAUUGCCCUUCCUCAAAUUGAAGCACCAUACAAUAGUGAUGUUCAGCUGAUUGUACGUGUUCAUGCCUAUCUAGAAAGACAUGGCUAUAUCAACUUUGGUGUUUAUAAGAGACUCCAACCGCCACCACAAAAAUCUUCAUACAAGGUCAUCAUUAUUGGAUCAGGUAUAGCUGGGUUGACUGCUGGCAGGCAGCUCCAGACAUUCGGUAUCGACGUCAUCCUUCUUGAAGCUCGAGAUCGGGUCGGUGGGCGUGUAACGACAUACCGCAAGAACAACUAUGUGGCUGACCUUGGUGCCAUGGUGGUCACUGGUCUGGGUGGAAACCCAAUGACCAUUAUCAGCAAACAGGUCAACAUGGAGCUAGCUAAGGUCAAGCAGAAGUGUCCACUCUUUGAGAGUGGUGGCCAGACGCAAAUCCCCAAGGAUAAGGAUGAGAUGGUUGAGAGAGAAUUCAAUCGAUUACUUGAAGCGACAUCGUACCUCUCUCAUCAACUAGACUUCAAUUACCUCUUAGGCAAGCCCGUCUCAUUAGGCGAGGCUCUGGAACUAGUCAUCAAAUUACAGGAGAAGCAGGUGAAAGAGAAGAAAGGAGAUUAUCUGAGAAACAUCAUCAGUCUCCAAGAUGAACUCAAGCAAGUACAGUCCAAGAUAUUGUCCUUACAAGAUAAGAUCAAGGAAUUGAACAGACAGCACAAGAAAGCCACAGAGAGCAAACAGACCAGGGAUAUCACUGCUGAGUUUGUGGUUCGUAGUAAACUCAGAGAUCUCAAUGCAGCAUGCAAGGAGUAUGACAAUGAGAAAGAGAAACAGAAGGAACUUGAAGAGAAGAUCCAAGACUUGGAAAACAAUCCACCAAGCGAUGUUUACCUCUCAUCUCGGGACCGUCAAAUCCUUGACUGGCACUUUGCUAAUCUAGAGUUUGCCAAUGCCACGCCCCUCUCCACCCUAUCCCUCAAACACUGGGAUCAGGACGAUGACUUUGAGUUCUCAGGAAGUCAUCUGACCGUCCGUAAUGGCUAUUCCUGCGUCCCUGUGGCUUUGUCCGAGGGAUUGGACAUCAAGCUCAAUACCGUGGUCAGACAGAUCAAUUACACAUCAACAGGUGUUGAGGUCGUGACCCAGAGCAUCAAAGGUCAGAGUGGUAGCACUACAUUCAAGGCCGAUGCUGCCCUCUGUACCCUUCCUCUAGGAGUCCUCAAGCAAGCUCCACCCGUAGUCCACUUCUCACCUCCUCUACCGGAGUGGAAGACAAGUGCAGUACAGAGAAUGGGAUACGGUAAUCUUAAUAAGGUGGUGCUGUGUUUUGACAAGUGUUUCUGGGACCCAGUCAUCAAUCUCUUUGGUCACGUUGGAAGCACCACUGCCAGCCGUGGGGAGCUGUUCCUAUUCUGGAAUCUCUACAAAGCUCCUGUUCUUCUAGCCUUGGUGGCCGGCGAGGCUGCUCAGAUUAUGGAGAAUGUCAGUGAUGAUGUGAUUGUUGGUCGAUGUCUCACUGUUCUCAGGGGUAUCUUUGGAAACAAUGCUGUACCACAGCCCAAAGACGCUGUGGUAACCCGUUGGCGUGCAGACCCAUGGUCCAGAGGAUCCUACUCCUAUGUAGCCGCAGGAUCGUCAGGCAAUGACUACGAUCUGAUGGCCACACCUGUCACUCCCAAACCCAUCGUGCCUGGAGUGCCACCCCAGGCCAAUAACCUCCCGAGGCUCUUCUUUGCAGGUGAACACACCAUCAGGAACUACCCAGCCACUGUCCAUGGUGCUCUCCUGAGUGGUCUUCGGGAGGCAGGACGCAUUGCUGAUCAGUUCCUAGGAUCCCCUUAUGCUCCACCGGCUAGGAGAUAAUUCAGACUUUGGAAAAACAUUGGCAGCCCUGAAUAUUGAAAAUGAGCAACACAUCAGGAUGUGCAGACAUGUAAUUGGUGUGUUGGUCCUAUUCUAUGCUGAAUAUCCUUGCAAGGUUUAUAGUCUAAUAGCUAGAAACUGAUUGCUACAGAUUUUUCCUGAGAAUUUUCAUGAACAUCUUUUCUUCAACUUCUACCUGGAAGACAUGAAGCUGGACUCUAAGCCAAGGGAAAUGCCAAUAUUCAUUAUUGAUUGAACAUAUUAAAAUAGUUGUGCUAGGGGAAGUAAAAUGACCUUCAGCUCGGUGUGAGCAAAUCAACUGUGGCAUAUCCUGGAAUAGCCAGUGUUACUGAACUGUAUCCAAAGUAUUUUUAGAAUAGUCUCCUUUCAAGCAUUGUAACCUUGCUGUUCAUUUUCAAGAAGUAGACUUUAUUUUGAUUUUUUCCAGAGCACAAGCUUGAAAUGGAAUUGGAUUUCAUGAUCUUUCUCUCAAGCUAUGAAUCAAGUCACACAUUUGAUUUAUUUUAUCUCAAUUGCAAAGAUAUGAAUUGCAAUAAUUAUUACCUCAGUCAGAAUUACUGUCAGCACAGAGCGCUUCUUCAAUAUUGCCUGUUGAACAAAUGUAGUUCACUGGUCACAUGCUACUAAGUUGCCCUACUGGCAUCAGACUUAUCAGAGGCCUCUUGGAGAGUGGUGUUUAAACACAAUUAUAGAAUUCAGAUGCAAGUCCGAAUGCUUAUAUUUGAUUGGUUGGAAAUCAAAUUGUGUAUGACUUUUUAGUGUUACGUCUCUAUCUGCAACAGUCUCCAAAUUGAGUUUAGCAACAUCUACCACUUCUUACUGCAACAGCCAUUGUUCGAUCAUAUUAUUUAAAGACGUUGUAUGACCAAGACAUAGAAACAGCCCUCUUGUUGGUAGGCAUGUGAUUUGCUAGAGCAAAGCAUUUAAUUUGAUAUUUGUGCAAACCUUUGCUCAGGAACGUACCUCGGACAUAGGCGGCAAAACAACAUAGACCAACUGAUUUAAAAAUAAGAUCAACAUUACUUGCUUGCCUUUUCAAAUAGUUAUUGAUAGGUGAUCUAUCAAAUUCUAAGGAUAUGCCCCUAUCAAUUCUGUAAAUGAAAUUGUAAAGUGUAUAUAUUUUUUUUGUAAGGCAUGCCGAAUGUCACUGUUUUACAUUUGUUAUUAUUAUAUCAGGGUGAUCAUAUUAGUGUGUUUGUCAGUGUAAUUCUUCAAUCUAAAGAUGCAGUUUGAAUCUCAUUAUUUUGGUACUAUUGUUACGAGUAUUUGUUGUAACAAACCCAUUAACAAAUAUGUAGUCCUGGAAUCAGACACAUUUUUGCAAGAAUCUUCAAGUGUGAUCAGCGGGGAUGAAGUCAAGCGUAGAAGUUCUCCUAAGUCACAAAGCUGCUUGAAAAAAAAUUCUCCCAUGAACUUGACUAGGCUGACUCAAUCUCUUGGUCUUACUCCAUUAAACUUGUUAUACAGUGCGUAUAGAAAAAGGUAUUCCACGAUUAUCAGAGGUAAGCUGUCAAAAUUUCUAUUACCUGUUUUUUUGAUGUGCACUGGAAUGACAAGUUACAAUAACAUCUCAAAGCUAAUGAAAUUAGUCGAUUUGAUUGGCUGAAUUUAAACUUCUGCAUUUGUUAUGACUUUAUGAAAGGUGACCUUAAUAUCCAGAAAGGAUGCACAGGUGCAGCGAUAUCAAACAGACUGGAAAUGCAAGGGCCUCUUAUUCAGCCAAUUACAUUCUCAAAUGAGAACUACAUGUAAUAAAAAGCCUCAUGUUGCAUGUAUUUUAGAUCGUUCGAAUGCAAGAUAUGUUUUUUUUGAAUUUCCAAUUUUCUGAAAAAAUAAUUGUGAAAUUCAGCAUGAAAUUCAACUUUUUGAGAAACAAAAUUUUGUAUAAGGUUAAGAUCAGGGCCAUUCAUAAAUAGUUAAAUCGAUUGAAAAUAUUGGUUGUAUCUCAUGAUGUCACUCAGUCCUUGCUUUUAUGAAAUUCUCAAUCCACAUGGUCACUGAGUGAAUGUUACAUUGAGGAUGUACCAUAUCACUUGAAUUAAUGAAGCAAGCACACAUUUGUCAUUCAUUCCAAUAUUUCAUGUAUUUAUUGACUCUUGUUGUCGUUGAAAAUAAAUGUUAACAACAAAAG